AUGUCUCUGGGGCAACGUAUUUCCGGCGCCGUCGCGGUUCUCCGCGGUGCCUCGACAGAGGCCAAGGAAACCGGCCACACGUCGUGCACAGAAGAGAUCGAGAAGAUGACGUCCGAGGAAGAAGUCGAGGACAAACCGCGGCACAGAGUGACGGCACUCGACAGGUUACAGGUGGUAAUAGAAUGGAUGGGAACCAACUUGCUUCUGGCGUUGACUAUCGCCGGAGUUUUGGUGGGUCUUGGUCUCGGGUUUCUGGGUCGAUUGGCCGAUCUCUCGCCGCAAGCUGUAACUCUCGUCAGCUUUCCGGGAGAGCUUCUCAUGCGGAUGCUGAAAAUGUUCGUUCUGCCGCUCAUUAUCUCAUCGCUCAUCUCCGGAAUGGCACAACUAGACGUUCAAAGAUCGGGAAGGAUAGGCGUCCGAGCGCUAACGUAUUACUCGGUGACGACCAUCCUCGCCGCUAUAGUGGGCAUUGCGAUGGUGCUGAUGAUCCAUCCGGGAGAUCCGCAGAUCAAGAGUACGGUUGCCGUGAUGGUGAAAGCCGAGGAGACGAAGGUCUCCACCAUAGACGCUAUCCUCGACAUAAUUCGAAACAUGCUGCCGGAGAAUCUGGUGCAAGCGUGCUUCCAGCAGGUGCAGACUUCUUACGUGAAGAAGAAAGUGGUCGGGAUCGGCGGCUCGAAUCAAAGCGAGUACAUAUUGGAGCCAACCUUGGUCUACAAGGACGGCACGAAUGUGAUGGGUAUGAUCGUGUUCUGCAUCAUCUUCGGCGUGCUCGCGGGCCAGAUAGGCCCUCGCGGCAAGCUGAUGGUAGAUUUCUUCGUGAUACUGAACGAGAUCAUCAUGAAGCUCGUCACCAUCGUCGUGGUCUGGUACUCUCCGUUCGGUAUCAUGUGCCUGAUAGCUGGAAAGAUCAUGUCGAUCAGCAAUCUGGCGGGAACCGCUCAAAUGUUAGGUCUCUACAUGGUGACAGUCGUGUUGGGUUUAAUGAUUCACGCGAUCAUCACGUUGCCGCUGAUCUAUUGGUUCAUGACGCGAAAGAAUCCAGCAAUAUUCUUCAGGGGCAUGAUGCAAGCCUGGGUGACGGCGCUGGGUACAGCUUCAAGUGCAGCGACCUUGCCCCUGACGUUCCGUUGUCUCGAGGAAAAUAACAAGAUCGAUCCGCGGGUGACACGCUUCGUCGUGGCGGUGGGUGCGACCGUGAACAUGGAUGGCACAGCUCUUUACGAGGCCGUAGCAGCGAUCUUCAUCGCGCAAAUGAACGGCAUCCCGUUAGGAUUCGUCGAAGUCAUCACUGUCAGCCUUACAGCUACCCUGGCGAGCGUCGGAGCCGCAAGUAUUCCCGGCGCCGCGUUGGUCACCAUGCUGCUGGUGUUAACCGCCCUGGGUCUCCCCACGAACGACGUUUCCUUACUGUUUGCAAUCGAUUGGAUACUGGAUCGACUCAGAACUUCGAUCAACGUUCUGGGCGAUGGUUACGGAGCCGGGAUAGUUUAUCAUUUGAGCAAAAUAGAGCUGGACAAGAUGGAUGAGGAACGAAGAUUGGAGAGUCUGGAAAGCGGAAGUCCCGUCGAAAUCGCGGCUGAGGGACCACGAGAAGAAUCUACAAAGCACGAGCAAACUUCUGAAACGAGGAUCUGAAGAACUACAGUCUCCUUAGUGAAUUCACAACGUUAUUUCGCCAGGAAUGUUAUCAGUCCGAAAUACUAUUAUUCGUCCUGUGUUAAGUAUAUUUUCGUAGCAUUUCGAUUUUCACUGCCGAGAAACAGAGUUUUCCCGUACGUCAAGUGUUACAUUUAACACAGACACACACACACGAGUCGGGAUAAUUUUUGUUAUCUAAAACGCGUAUAAUUGUUGAAAGAAUGCUGUAGAUAUAGGCGAUUUUGUUUAACAUGCGUUUUGUGUAGCAAGCGAAUUAAGAAAUUAGCAGUAGCGAAUAAAUUACCAAAAGCAUUGAAAUAGCAGAAAACGCGAGCAUGUUAAGUACAAAGCAACGAAAGUUGGAUAUUGAUUUCUCAUUUUCUUCAUUUUCUGGUAUAUGAAAAUCUAUUUGCUUCUUAAAACAUUACAUUAAAGAAUAUUGAUGUACAGUAAAGUAGAGAUGUAAAGGAUAUAGUAAAUCAUUAAAUAUUGUGUCUGACGCAAAAUUUGUACAUUAUCAACAAUCGAAUUAAGGAUGAGUUCAUCGAGAAAGCACUUAGAAACGUUCACGGUCAACAAUAUUUAAGAAAAAAAUUACUGCGUGAAUAUUCGCAAACAAUUUCAACGUUCUAUGGGAGUGAUUAAAGAUAAUAGGGGCCAAUACUUUAUACGGAUGUGUUCAUUAGCGUUGCAUGUGUAGGUAUAUAUAUAUAUAUAGGCUAGUCUCAUCAAAUAAUUAUAAUUCGCUGAUUAAUAAUUAAUUUAUUACGCAGAUGUAUGUUACAUCCAAUAAAGAAAAUGGCUACUCG